AUCACACUUAAUCGGAUCAAUUUACUAGUCAUAGAGUCCUCCAUGUGAAAGCAUACCAAGUUCAUUUUACUACUAUAUAAUUAUGUUGUCAAAGGGGAUGCUUCUCUAUGAUAAAUGAAUCUAUUCCUCUUACGUAACUUCAUUUUCUGCUUCCUUCUGAGUUCUUCCAUGUCUUCAAACCACCAAUAAUUCAUGGUCAGUUAUAUUCAGUUAAUUCAAUUCAUAUCUUAUUAUUAUUAUUAUUAUUAUUAUUAUUACACUAUUAUUCUCAUAGUUUAUCUUUCCUCAACAAAGAGAAAAUAACUAUGGAUCCAAACUGUGAUGAGUUUCAACAAUAUGAGAAACCUAUAGAAGGUUAUAUGGCUUCAGUGACAGAUUCUUCCAUGGAAGACACUGAUUUUUCAGAAACCAUAAAGUUCAUAACUCAAAUCCUCAUGGAAGAAAACGUUGACCAGAGACCUUUUUAUGAUCCACUUAGCUUACAAAUCACAGAAAAAUCAUUCCAUGAUGCUCUUUCACCUAAUGGCACAACCAGCACCAGUUGCAAUAGUAAUAGUAACAGCAGCAUCGACGAUUCUCACGAGUCGAAACCCUUUUCACCUGAUACUCCUGUUUCUGAUCUUGUUAAUCAUGGUUUUCAGUUUAAUUCCUGUGCUUCAAGUAGUGUUAGUGAUGGACCCAUAAAUUUCGAUUCAUCUAUUACCAAUAUGUUGGCAGAGAACAUUUUCAGUAAUGCAGAUUCUGUUUCUCAAUUCAAUAGAGGUUUUGAAGAAGCCAACAAGUUUCUUCCUCCUCAGCCUCAACUCUUGACUGGUUUAGAAUCAUCCAAUUUCAAUAUGAUGAAGAGUAGAAAGAAUCACGGGCGCGAAGAAGAAGAAGGGAGUAGUAACAAGCAAUCGGCUAUUAGUGUUGUUGAUGAGGAUGAAUUAUCAGAAAUGUUUGAUAAAGCUUUGCUUAACGUGGAACGUGAAUUUUUGCAGAAUGAGCAACCACCUUCAUCUAACGAAGGAAAGGUUCGUCCCAAGAAACGUGAUAGCAAAAACAAAACGAUAGACUUAAGGAAUCUUCUGCUUAUGUGUUCACAAGCUAUGUAUGCCAAUGACAAUAGAAAUGCUAAUGAUCUUUUAAAGCAGAUUAGGCAACAUUCUUCACCCUUUGGAGAAGCAUCUCAAAGGGUGGCUCAUUACUUUGCCAAUGGCCUUGAGGCGCGCCUUGUAUGCGAUAGAGCUUGUGCGCAAACAUUCUAUUCCUCACCUAGCACCAAGAGAAUCACUGCUGCUGAGUUUUUGAAAGCAUAUCAAGUUCAUUUUACUAGCCCUCCAUUCAAGAAAUUUGCAUAUUUGUUUGGAAAUGAAAUGAUUAUGAAAGUUGCUGCAAAAGCUGAAACCCUUCAUAUCAUUGAUUUUGGUAUCCUUUAUGGUUUUCAGUGGCCAAUGCUUAUUAAGUUUCUAUCAAAUAGAGAAGGUGGACCGCCAAAACUGAGGAUCACUGGGAUAGAAUUCCCCUUACCAGGCUUUCGCCCGAAAGAAAGAAUCGAGGAGACCGGUCGUCGACUUGCUAACUAUUGCAAGCGUUUCAAUGUUCUGUUCGAGUACAAUGCCCUAGCAUCGCGGAAAUGGGAAACAAUUCGAGUUGAAGAUCUUAAAAUCAAGAGCAACGAGGUAGUUGCUGUGAACUGUGUGGGGAGGUUUAAGAAUUUACUAGAUGAGAGUAUUGAGAUUAAUAGUCCUAGAAACGUGGUUCUGCAUUUGAUUAGGAAGAUAAAUCCGGAUAUUUUCACUCUGUCUACUAUUAAUGGAUCAUAUAAUUCACCUUUCUUUGCUACAAGGUUUAGGGAGGCACUGUUUAAUUUUUCUGCUAUUUAUGAUAUGUUGGAUGCCGUCAUACCGAAGGGAAGUGAAUGGAGGAGGAUGCUUGAGAGGGAAAUUAUGGGUAGGGAAGUUAUGAAUGUUGUAGCAUGUGAAGGUUUAGAAAGAGUUGAAAGGCCAGAGACAUAUAAACAAUGGCAGGUUAGGAAUACAAGAGCUGGUUUCAAGCAACUUCCAUUGGACUCGCAAUUAAUGGAGAAAUUUAGGACUAAAUUAAGGCAAUGGUACCAUAGAGAUUUUGUAUUUGAUGAAGACAGCAAUUGGAUGCUUCAAGGUUGGAAGGGUCGUAUUUUAUAUGCUUCAACUUGUUUGGUGCCGGCAUAAUCAACUAGUAUCUUACUACUUUUAGUGUGAGUUUGAUAUUUGUACAAGACUUACAUGGCAUCAGUCAGCUUUAAAUGCUCGUUUAUGGCAAGAAUUUGGGAUUCACUCCUCAUUUUUUCUAACUUUCCGACAUUUGUGAUUUGAUUUCUCUCUUAUAUCUAGUUAAAAUAUAGAAGGUUUAGAAACAAUUCUUGGAUUUCAGCAUGUAUAAUUAGAUUUCACCAUGUGUAACUAGAUUUUUAGCUUAGAUUCAUGUGAUUUCUACUGUAUAUUGUGUUCACUGUAUUUUAUUUUGGUUGAAUUUGGAUUAACACAUGCUUUUGAUUCUAGUCUUAAA